UUCCUCUCCACUCCGCCCCUCACGCGGUGACAGCGGGGCCCAACGUUUCUCCGUAGCUGCUGUCUAGGCGCCCGCUCAGGAGCAGUUGCCUCCUGGUGCCCUUGCACGGGCUCCCCUUCAUCCCUCCGGGCUUCUGGCCACCUUGAAGAUGGCGGCUUACAAACUCCUCUCCUCGGGGCUCAGGCUCAGCAUCUCCUUCCCCAGAGCCAAGGGAACCCGGAGCAGACCCGCCCUUGCCAAGUCAUUUUAAUAAAAAUAAAUGAUGUGUUCCUGUCACCCAAAGAAAACGUUGACUUCCUUAUACUGUGCUCGUUCUUUUGGGAAUAUUAUAGGUUUUGGACUCUGUGGAAUUCCAGAGAACCUCAUAGGAGCUUUAUUGAAGACCGGAGUAAAGGGACUAACUGCAGUCAGUAAUAAUGCAGGUGUUGAAGACUUUGGCUUGGGUCUUUUACUUCAGAGCAGGCAGAUAAAACGAAUGAUUUCCUCUUAUGUUGGAGAAAAUUCAGAAUUUGAAAGACAGUACUUAAAUGGUGAAUUGGAAGUAGAACUCACACCACAGGGAACUCUUGCAGAACGGAUUCGUGCAGGGGGGGCUGGAGUUCCAGCCUUUUUCACCAGUACAGGGUAUGGAACAUUGGUGCAAGAAGGAGGAGCACCCAUCAAGUAUAACAAAGAUGGCAGCAUUGCAAUUGCCAGCAAACCAAGAGAGGUGAGGGAGUUUGAUGGCCAACAUUAUAUCAUGGAGAGAGCCAUUACAGGUGAUUUUGCCCUGGUAAAAGCCUGGAAAGCAGAUCGUUCAGGAAACGUCAUUUUCAGGAAAAGUGCAAGGAAUUUCAACUUGCCUAUGUGUAAAGCUGCAGAUACCACAGUAGUAGAGCGUUUGUCAGUUCGAAAGGAUGAUGGAAAAGCCAAAUCAAAAUCUCGAGAUAGUGUAAGAGAAAGGAUCAUCAAGCGAGCAGCCCUGGAAUUUGAGGAUGGCAUGUAUGCUAAUUUGGGUAUAGGAAUCCCUCUUCUGGCCAGCAACUUUAUCAGUCCUGACAUGACUGUUCAUCUACAGAGUGAAAAUGGAGUCCUAGGUUUGGGUCCGUAUCCACUGGAAAACGAAGUUGAUGCAGACCUGAUUAAUGCAGGCAAAGAAACAGUCACUGUUCUUCCAGGGGCCUCGUAUUUCUCCAGCGAUGAGUCAUUUGCGAUGAUUAGAGGUGGCCAUGUCGACCUAACGAUGUUAGGAGCAAUGCAAGUUUCCAAGUUUGGCGAUCUGGCCAAUUGGAUGAUUCCAGGAAAGAUGGUGAAAGGAAUGGGUGGUGCUAUGGACUUGGUGUCCAGCUCAAAAACCAAAGUGGUCGUCACGAUGGAGCAUUCAGCGAAGGGAAAUGCACACAAAAUUCUGGAUAAAUGCACAUUACCACUGACUGGGAAAGAGUGUGUGAACCGUAUCAUUACUGAAAAGAGGGAGAGGCCCAUCCACGGCCCCUUUUGGGGACUGGCUGCCCACCGAGUGGAGAAGGGCCAACCGGCUGCCAGCGCCCUGGAGGCGUUAACGGAAGCGAGGGGUCACAAGCACCACCUCCGCACAGGCUUUGGGAUCAGGGAGGCUUUCCCGGUGUGUUCUGGGCUCUUCCCGCCGGGCAGGGCAGCCGGGGAGGCCACUUGGGGCUGA